AUGCUGAAACUUAUAGGAAAGUGUGCAAUAAUAAACAUUGUAAUAAUUCUUAUAUUUAAGGGUUUGCCAAAAAGCGCAGGGAUAAAAAUUAAGAGACUAAGUGAUUGGUUCUCUUUUAUCGAACCAGGAAUUUGGAAAAAUAUAUCUAAAUAUGAAAUAAAUUAUAAUUUCCGUGUUGUACGGAAUAGAGAGAAAUAUGAUCCUUUUAAGGUGAACAAUUCCAUAAAUCCUUUGUACUACUCAAAUGGAGAAGAGUCAAAUUCUGAUAACAGCAUGGAUUUAUCAGGUGUAGGUGAAAGUAGUGACAAAAGGGAGGAACUGCAAAAGAUAAAUAAUAACAUGAAUAAAGAAAUGCUGAAUAAUGAACUAGUAAGAAAGAGUCGAGAAAGUAACAUUAAGAGGGAAAAGAAAAAAGAAGCAAAACGGGAAUAUUUAAAUGGUGAAAUAUUGAGUGAAGAAGAAAUAAAUGAAAACAUGAAAUUUCAGCAGUGGAGUGAUAGAUUACAGCUUUCAAAAGAAAAUUCCUUUUAUUAUGACAUAGUAAAUAAUUUCGUAAGUACAAAAAAUUAUGAUAGAAUAAAUCAGAUAAAUUCCAAUUUUUACAGAAAAACAUUUGUAAUGGAGGACUGUUCUUCAGUGAGUCUUAUCCCAUUUCAUAUUAAAAAAAAAAAUGAACAAAUGUGCCAAUCGUUAACAAAGAAUUUUAGCAAUAAAAUGACGUAUGAUAUGUUUGUAAAACCAAAAAGUGAUGAUACCAUCGGAGGAACUGUAGGAAAAAUGGAAAAAACGAUCUAUGACAUGAAGGAUAAAAAUGAAAUGACGCCAGAUAUGGACAUACCAGAUGAAUCAAUCUUAGAUGAAGAACAAAUUAAAGAACUCUCAGAUAUCAAUUUUGCAAAAAGAACAAACAUUAUUUUCCCAACGGAAUCAUUAAGGAGUUCCAUAUAUAUUGGGAAGGAAGCCUUUAACGACUUUCUAGAAAAAGGGUUAGGAUCCAUAAAGUUAAUGAUGAAUAAAUAUUUACAUAAUUAUUAUGAACAUAACAUAACAAGAAAUUUGGAUGAUAAAAUAUAUCUUAUGUUUAUUCUGAGAUAUAUAAAGAAUUAUAUAUUGAAAAUAGUAUACAAAACUUUUCAAGUUAAACUGAUGAAUGAAAUAGAAAUUGAAAACGAUUCAAAUGCUUUUCCAAAUAAUAACAGCAAACUGAUAAACAAUGAAAUGUACAUACAACUUGCAUCAGAAUAUGAAGAAAUUAUGAAUAUCUUAGGACAUUUUAUAGAAAAAAUAAGAGAUAUAUUCAAAAUUAAGGAAAAUGAAUUGAUAGAUUAUUUAACCAAAAAGAAAGAAAUCAUAAAUUAUUCUACUCCAUAUACAUUAAAAAGCAACGAAGAAACAGAAAAACACAUUAUGAAUAUGUGGAACUAUUUCAAUUUUAAAAUAUUUAACAAUGAAUUACCACAUUUUGAUUUCAUAAAUUUCUAUUGGAUAAAUAGCAAAGUAGAUAAAUUAAAACUUAUUCCAAAUAUGAAAAUGUACAAAAUUGUUAAUAAACAUUUUAUAAAUUUGCCAAGUAUUUUAUUCUGUUCUGCCUUGAAAACAUCUCCCCUUUUGUUAAAUUACACAAUCUUAAAAGUCAUGUAUGAGUAUCACAAAUUGCUACACGUUGAUAUUUUACCUUUCAAGGAAGUAAAAAAUUAUAACACAUCUAAUAAAAUAGAUCAAACCAAACAGAAAAUUAUAAAAUUCGUCCAUGGUAUCUCAGGCUUGCUAGAAAAUAUAGAUUUUUACUUCUACACUCCAUAUUUGGGAGACUUAAACUUGACAAAUGAUGAAACUGCCAUAUUCCAUUCUUACAUCAAGGACAUCAAUGCAGAUAGUAAGAAGUUAUUCCACAAUUUAGAGUACAAUAAGGAAAUUUCCUUCGGCACCAAUCGGCAGAACGAUCUCACCCAAGAGGGGGCGGAACGAGAUAAAGAGAUGGCCGAACGAGACCAGGAGAAAAGUCUCAUCCAAGAAAAUCAUCUCGACGAUGAGGAUGAGUGUAGUGAUGAUGACGAGAGAAACCAAGACGACAUCGUGAUGCUUCUCCUAAAGUCAAAUGUUACUAGCGACAUUAACAGAGCCAUCCAACUGGCCUCCAAUGUUUACAAGAAAAAAAACGUCAGCCAAAUAUGGGGAAAUACUGUGGACAUAACAAGUGCCGAAGCAGGCCAAUUAGAAAUUGUUGGAGGAGGAGGAGUAAAAACUAAUUCAGGCAAGGUAAAGGAAAGUACAGGUGAUAAGAUGAAAGACAGCAACCAAGCGCUUCAACGUUUCAGAAUACCACUAAACGAAUUUACUUCUUCCCUUUUUCUGUGUGAUGUGAAUACCUCAACGAAAUAUCUAACACAAGGUAUCGAAAAAUUAAAGGGGUUAAACGAAUUCGACCUUACAUAUGUACAUAACGCUUUGACUAGUGCAUGCAUGAGAUUUUUACAUGAAAGUGGAAAUGAAAAUGAAGAUGUAGAUAGUCUUUUGAAGAAGUAUGAAAAAAAUGAAAAGGUAGAAACGACUAAUAAUAUUAUGACCCUGCAAAUGAUGGUAGUAAUAGGAGAACUGUUCAGAAGUAUUAGAAAAAUGAGAAGUAAAGAAAAAUAUUUUUUUAAAAGAAUUUUACAAACAGAUGUAAUUUCAGAUAUAUAUAAAGAUGUAAGUAUUUAUGAUGAAUAUAUGAAUAUUAAUAAUAUGGAUUAUGUUAUGAAUAAUUUAAAAAUUGCAUAUCCAAUGAAAAGUAAUGUUUUAUUAACUCGUAACAGUAGAGAAGAAAUUGCUUACUAUUUUCUGAACUAUUAUACCAAAUAUUUAUUUCGUUUUGACUUACCGAACAAUAUAGUAAUAAAAUUUACUGAUAAUAUAUCAGGAUUAAGCUUCUCUGAUUAUAAUUUUGAUUAUAUAUCCAAUGAUGUUAUUAUUUAUGUACACAAUGAUAUAAGCAAUUCGUUAGUCUUGUCUAGAAUAAUACUCGAUGAGUGCCUCAAUGUGUAUGAAAAAUAUACUACAUACGUUCACAAAUAUGGUGGAAAUACAGAUAGUGCUACAGUCAAAGAGGCUAAAAGUAGGUUAAAAAAAGAGGAAAGUAUAAAAGAGGAAGAUAAUAAGAAUUUGAAAAAUCCAUCGAAGGGGAAGGUUCAACACAGUGAAGGGCGAAGCCAUAGUGACAAAACUGAACAAUCAGGUAUAAAAAAUACCUUAAGGGAAGAUGUCAAAAUCGAUGGAGAAGAGGAGGAAAUUCUAGAAGAUGAUGAUACAGAUGCUGAUGCAGAUGAGGACGUAAUGAAUCACCUGGAGGAAGAAAGUAUUGACAAGGAAAAUAUCAAUUUGGGAAACGUUAGAGAGGUGAAGAAUAUCCAUGGGUUACCAUGUGAGGAAUCGCAGGACGAAACUGUGGAUGAUGAAAACGUGGACAUUUUUAAUUAUGUAAAAAUCAAUCGAAUGAAACAAUUCAUUCGCUUUGUAAUUGAGUACAACAACUGGCCGUUUUUCCUAGACGAGACGAUAAAUUUAGAUUCGUAUCUGAACAACGAAGAGUUAGAAGUGCUGGAAAAUGUAAAUCAUUUUAACAGUCUAAAUAAAUUGUUCGUAAAACUAAAAGGUGCACAUAUAGGGAAUAAAAAAAUUAUGAAAAUAAUUCAAAAUGCUAUAAAAAGAGAAGAUUGUAAGACAAUAUGGGAAGAGAAAAAAAUUCCAAUAAAACACAUCGCAUCAGCCUUGUUUACAAAUAAUUAUAUAAACUUAUAUAAAGUGCUUCAAAAAGGUAUUAGAGUGUUAAUAAAUUUAAGUAUAAAUGAAGUUAAUUUUAUUAUGAACAAGUGCAAAUAUGCAUGUGAAAUAGUAUACUAUAGAAGAUUAGAAGAACUGAGAUCAUCAAAUAAUAAUCUCAUUUUUACAAUGUAUAAUGAAAAUGUAAGCUCAAUAGAAUAUUAUUUUGAUAAAUUAAAAGAGAAAAUUAUUUUAAUUAGCUUAAUUAAAAAAGAUGAUGUAUUUAGUACACUCAUUAAUUUGAUAUCUGGUAUUUUUCCAAACAAAACCAACUCACCCAACGAACUUGACAAAGGUAAAAAUGACACAAAAUCGAAGGAAGAAAUUGAUAAACUUAUUUUCUUAUAUGAUAAUGAAAAGAAGAAAUGUGGUUUUACGAACUCGUUAAAUAGAAUCAAUGCCACUUAUAAUUUAUUUCACUUUUUUAAUAAAGAAAUAUUUGAAAGCAAGUUAAGUAAUGUGCAAAUUGAAUUUGUGAAAAAUGAUCAGGUAUUAUCUACGCACCUAAAUUUUGUCAACUCUUUUGAAAAUACAAAAAUAUUAAUUAAUGACAAUAUAUAUUCUGUUGCCAUUUUAGCUAACGUACUUCUCAAAGAAAUGGCAGAAAUAUUUUACUUCUAUAAUGAUAAUAAGAUUGAAAGGGAAAAUAAAUUAUACCUUAAGAAUAAUUUUAAGAGUGCCUAUCUUCCCGUUGUUUUCAAAUAUGCCAAGUGUUUCCAGAAAGAAGAAACCAUCGAAUCUUUUGACUUUGGUGAAGUUCGAGUGGAUGGCACAAAGGAGGAGAGGAAUCACUGUGAACAGGGGCAAGCACAGAACCAAACACAAAACGACACACAGAAAGACACACAAAACGACACACAAAAGGACACACAAAACGACACACAGAAAGACACACAAAACGACACACAAAAGGACACACAAAACGACACACAGAAAGACACACAAAAGGACACACAAAAGGACACACAAAACGACACACAGAAGCACGCGCGCGUACCGCCUCCGAAAGAACAGCUUGCAGCGGAGAAAGAUAAAUUGGACAUUGAAAUUUUAAUAAACAAAAUUGCAAACUACGAUCAUGAGGAAAUGUUCAAGGAAAUUUUGGAAUUUAGAAAAAUAAAAUAUAAUGAUAAAGCAGAAGUUCAAAAGUGCAUCGAAGAAUAUCUAUACACGUAUGAAAAGGUAAAUGGUAUGAAAUAUUGUGGAACUGAACAGAAUCAGGAAAAAAAAAAAAAAGAUAAAACAGAUAACACUGUGCCAAGUGAAGAUCCCGCAAUGGAAUUAUAUUUUGCACCAAAUGAUCUUAAAACUAUAUACCUUAAUUAUAUGUAUAAAUACAUAGAAUAUGUAGUUAAAAAAAAAGAAUUUCCAAUUACAUUUAAUGAAGUAAAUGAAGAAUGGAUUAAUGCCUUAACAGAGUUAGAAAAUCAAAAAAUUUUAUUCUAUUCAACAAAAAAGAAUAGUGGACAUUUAUACGAUUUACUAAUUAAUAGUAAAGCCUGCUCGUCAAAGAGAGCUUUAGACAUAUUAGAACAUAGUUUACAAAAAACGAAGAGUGAUGAUGAACUCAUAGAAAAGACUCUUUCUCGUAGUGAAGAUAGUGAUGCUAUUAAAAAUUUUGAUGAGUUUGUUUUAUGGAUAAACAAAAAUAAAAAAAAAGAUUUUGAAAAAAUAGAUCCACAAGAAUUGUUAAAUACCGAUGCCCAUGAAAACGUAAAGGAAGAUAUAAAGGAUGUCAUAAAUGAAUAUAAUUCCCUAUACGAUGAAAAUGCCACUAGAAACUUGGAUCCUAGUAGUGUUACCAUUGAUAAUUUAAAGGAUUUGGUUAAGAAGCACAACAUUUCUAAGGAGGAAAUUCAGGCUGCCAUGAGCCAGUUAGAUAUCCCAGAUGAUUUUGAUAUAGACUCGUUAUAUAAAUGA